AAAAAAGAAAAAAAAAAACAAUCCAAACGCAGUUAACGAUAAAAACAUUAAACACAGUAGCCUGUAUCGAUAUCGAAGUCAUUUUAACUUGACCUAUGGUCAAUAAUCGCCAAUAGCAAUUCAAAUUUGGUGUCGAAGAGACCUUCCUAAAAGCGAGCGAACACUUGAUUUUCAAAUUCUCGUUGAUAGGAUAAACUUUUCUCAAAUUUUUUGAGUAGUUAACUUGAUUAACCAAAGUUUUAAAGAAAAAUCUAUUAAUUUGCACUAGAUCUGCGGAUUUAUUCUAGAUUAUAUACCGAAUUUAGAAUUUUAUUUCCUAGCUGUUCACGAAUUCCACAUAAACGGGCUGAGAAAUUUUGGAUUGUUGGUUCGGUUUUUCAUACAAAAAAGCAAAGAGUUCAUAAUGUCGAUUCGAGCUAGCGAAAACUCGAAGUUAGUGUACCUCAUAACAGGAGGUUCUUCCGGUCUUGGUAAGGCCGCCGCUAUUGGCUUGCUGAAGAGCGGAUGGAAGGUGGCAGUGUUGGACAUUCAGUCCCCAGUGGACGAGUACUUAGCAAAAUUUGAAAAUAAUGCCUUGUUUAUUAAAGCGGAUGUAUCCUCAGAGAAGGAUGUUUCGAACGCACUGGCAAUCGUAAAAGAGAAAUUCGGCAAAAUCAAUGGGAUCGUUAACUGUGCGGGGGUCUUCGCAGCGGGAUCCAUUUACGAUUCGAAGAACAAAAAUCCCCACAGCUUGGAACUGUUCACCAAAAUUAUUCAGGUGAAUUUAAUAGGUACGUUUAACGUGACGAGACUUGCGAUCCCACUGAUAUUGGGAAACGAACCAAAUAACGACGGAGAAAGAGGAAUCGUCAUAAAUACUUCGAGCAUCACGGGCUUAGAUGGCGCUCCCGGCAAUAUCGCUUAUUCGGUCAGUAAAGCAGCCGUGGCUGGGAUGACGAAACCGUUGGCAAAAGAGUUAUCCGACCUAGGAAUUAGGGUAGUGGACAUAGCGCCAGGUUUAUUCGAAACGCCCCUGACCGAAGGCGUGGCGUUGGGUACACUGCAAUACGUGUUUCCAAAACGAGCCGGCCGACCAGAAGAAUUUGCUGAACUGGUUAAGGCUAUAAUAAACUUGCCCGUUCUCAAUGGCACCACUAUCAGGCUGGAUUCGGCACAAACAAUUUAGACAUACAUUUAGGUUAAUAUUUGUUAAAUACUUCGUUAUAUUAUUACGUCAAUGGUAUCACCGCUUGUAUUUAAACGAUAUGCUAUUAAAA